UCGUUGUGUUCCUGAUAUAGCGCCUCUCUUAUAUAUUUUCUCUGUGCAUGAAGAUAGGAUGAAAAAUAACAUAAUCGUAGAUUUUCAAGUUUGAAGAAAAGGUUUGCAUUGAUUUCUCAGAAUCAAACACCGUACUAUAAAAAUGCCGAAAAAGAAGACUGGUCAACGCAAAAAAGCUGAGAAGCAGAAGCUACGUCAAAAAGAGAUUCGCAACCGCGAGUCUCAGCUGCCGGAACAACCUUGUAACCUACCAAUGGAUUGUGAGAAAUGUGGCAAGAAACAAAAAUCUCGCGCCUUCUGUUAUUUCUGCCAAAGCGUACAACGUUUACCUAUCUGUGCACAGUGUGGUAAGCAAAAGUGUAUGCUUAAGACAGGUGACUGCGUAAUCAAACAUGCGGGAGUUUUCACCACGGGUCUCCAGAUGGUAGGUGCCAUCUGCGAUCAUUGCGAGGCGUGGAUCUGUCACGGGCGGAAAUGCCUUCAAUCACACGCCUGCGCCUGUCCGUUGAUAGACGCUGUCUGUGUUGAGUGUGAACGAGGUGUUUGGGAUCACGGGGGACGGAUGUAUAAGUGCUGCUUCUGUGAUAACUUUCUUUGCGAAGACGAUCAGUUCGAACACCAAGCAUCUUGUCAAGUUCUAGAAUCGGAAUCAUACAAAUGUCAGUCGUGUAAUAAACUAGGACAAUACUCGUGUUUGCGUUGCAAGACGUGCUACUGCGAAGACCAUAUUCGCCGUAAAGGGUUCAAGUACGAUAAGAAUAAACCGAUACCGUGCCCUAAGUGCAACUACGAUACAAGCCAGACUAAGGAUUUGAGCAUGUCAGUUCGAAGCCACAAAUACGGUCGCAAACGGCAAGACGAUGGGGGUGAGGAUGACGACUACGUAUACGACGCGGAAUACACGGCAUAUCGACAGGCAGCCGAUCGUUACAAUGAAACCGAUUCCGAUGAUGAUUACGAGGAUGGGUCAGACAAUGAUGAUAACGACGAAGAGUCGGAUGACGACGAAGAGGAUGAGGCCAGUGCUGAAGAGCAAGGGACAUCCGAAGUUGGUACUAGCACUGAUAAAAGUAAAUAACAUGCUUUCUUCACCGUAAAGACGUUUAUUGUUGAAUCAGUGUUUUUUUUUCAAUUAUAAUCAAUCAGAAUUAUCGAUUCAAAAACAUUUUAUAGUAAGAGUUAUAUUAUUUGCUAGAAUAAUCAACUGAAUAUAGAAGACUCAAAAAAAUAA